AUGUACCAAUUUAUUUAUCCUUACGCAAUGUAUGGUCGGACGGCAACGACAAUUUCUGCGUCUCUCGUUGCAGUAGAAAGACUAUCAGAUAUAUCUCCGUUGUUUUUUAUUGGUUUGUUACAGGCUUUGAUACCUUCCUUGUUCAUGGAUCUUUAUGUUAAUGGAGUGAAUCAAGUGUUUGACUUCGAAAUAGAUAAGAUAAACAAGCCACAUCUUCCAUUCGCCUCUGGGAAAUUAUCCUUCAAGAAUUGUGUCUUUAUUGUUGCCGCAUCUGCAAUCUUGGGUUUGGGGCUUAACUUGAUGAUAGGUUCUCCGCCACUGAUUUGGAACUUUGUGUUGAACGUUAUAUUAGUGAAUUGCUAUUCAAUGAAUCUUCCUUUCUUACGAUGGAAGCAACAUCCGGUGCUGGCAGCAUUAUUAGUUACCUCUAGCAUGACAUUGUUAUUUUCAAUUCCAUACUUCCUUCAUAUGCAGACGUUUGUCUUGAAGAAGCCACUUGUGUUUACAAGAUCAUUGAUUGUUACUCUGCUGUUCAUGGGUUUGUAUUCUACUGGCAUAGCAUUAUCCAAGGAUAUACCUGACGUAGAAGGAGAUAUAAAACAUGGCGUUGAUUCUUUUGCCGCACGUUUAGGCCAGAAAAAAGUAUUUUGGAUUUGUAUUUCCCUUUUUGAAAUGGCGUUUGGAGUUGCUUUCUUGGCAGGAGCAUCAUCUUCAUCUCCCUUUUGGAUUAAAUUUGCCGCGUGUCUUGGAAAUGUUGUUCUUGGUUCAAUUCUCUGGUACCGGGCCAAAGACGUAGAUGUGACAAAUCCAACUUCUAGUGGAUCCUUCUAUUUAUUUAUCUGGAAGUUGAUGAUGGCCGGAAACGUUUUUCUGCCUUUAAUCAGAUGAGGUGUCACUGAACAUUAAAAUUACUUUUGCGACA